GCGUGCAGAAUCAUGGCGGCCCCCAGUACAGCCGGCUUGGUGCUGAAGUCCGUGAAGAGUAUCGCUGUUCGCUUUUGUCCUUUCGAGUCCAAUGUCCGGUCCGCUCGAGAAUUUUUGGAAGCAAUUAAUUCGAAAAAAGUACGUUCCACGAAUGCCAACUGUCAGAUAAGUGUAGACGUGAGGCAUGAUAAGUCUGAGCCCCAAGUAGACGUUUCCUUCGUUGAUGGCGAACGGCUGCUCAUGAAAACGGCCAACGUGACCACGAAGGAAAUGCUCUCUGCUCUGACCUCUAAAUGUGCGUCUAAAGAUCGGCAGGCAAAAGAUGGUGCGAAAAAAUAAGGCGAAUUAGAAGGAUUUUAGAAAUGUCCUCGUUUUCAAUACACUUGAACUGUACCCUCUGUCCCAGAAACACCAGGAGCGAGAAUAGAAGAUCACCGCGCUCCGUCAUAUCUUCAAACCACAACUUUGUAUAGCUUGUCAUGUCUAGAAAAAAACGUCUUCAUGGGAAAAUGUUCUUGCUGGGUUUUUUUCCCAUUAUUAUAAAUGAAACAACCUCAUUGUCUGUGUUUUCCGCCUUUGUUCAUACAGAAUAUUCAGAUUGUUAAAGUGCGUCUUUCGCAAAAAGAAUAGGUUUGUGUGGUUACCGGGGUACUUGUGCGAUGCCGUUCAUUACAGAUGCAGAAUCGGUACAUGUAAGGGCCUGUUAUGAUUCUAAACCUGUUCUACAAGUAAAUACGUAUAGCAAUGUCUGUAUGUGA